AUGCAGGAAUUUCCAAACGUAACGGCGUAUUAUCAACGCCUCAAGUCAUUGGUCGAUCAACUCAGGAGCGUCGAUACUCCGGUAACUAGUAGUCGACUCAUUCUUCAACUGGUGGAUGGCCUUACUGAGGCUUACAAGAAUGAUUGCACUCACAUACGUCAAAGCAAACCACUACCAUCCUUCUCCGAGGCUUGCUAUAAUCUGCGCCUUAAAGAAAAGGCCUUGGAUGAGAUGAAUGAGGAAGCGCCAGCAGCCAUGGUGGCUCGUGAUUUUGAUGAAGUCGGUGGAAAAAAUAACAACAAAAACUUUGGUUUAGGCGGUGGGAAAAAGCACGGCGUAGGUCGCAAUUCAAGCAGCGGCGGUGGCAACCGUCGCGCUGGUGGUGGUCGAAGCUCCAGCGAGACACAACAGGUUCCGGUGCAAAAGUGGCAACCCACUUCACCAUGGAUGCUAUGGGGAUGGAUGCCUCAUUGGGCUCUCCCAUGUCCGUAUCCAACACAACAGUUGGCACGCCCACCUUCUGGCCCAACAAGGGCGCUGGCCCAACAAGGAAUCUUGGGCUCAAGACCACAGCAACAAGCAUAUGCAGCAGCAGGUCCACCAACACAAUAG